AAAACUUGUCAAUAAAAACCUAAAAGUGAAAUCUCAGCAAAUCUUACCAAAAAGCGGAAAGAAGAAGAGCGAAUGGCAAAGUAGUCUCUCUCAAGCAGAAAAAUGCAAAAUUUAUAGCCGAGAAUCUUAAAAUUUUCCUGAGAAAAUCUGAAAGAAAGAACAUUCAAAUGGCCAUCAACCAGUUGGGGAACUUGGUGGAGUCUAUAAAAUCGAAGGUGAGAGCCUUGAAGAAGUCGAAGAAACCAUACAUAAAGAUGGACAAGAGCUCCAGUGUCAAGGUGGAGAUCCGCAGCCGAAAGGCGAAGAAAAUUAUUGACAAAACGCUCAAGGUCGCUGAUCGUCCUGGAAAACGUAGCAUCCCAUAACACUUUUUUUUUUUUCUUUUGUUAUGUGCAGUUCAGAUAAGAAAUAUCUAAUCGAUUUUCGUUUGGUUUUGUUUCUAUAUGAGCCUCCCGAUUCUGUGUUUUUCUCUUUUAAGGUUAGUGCAAUGGAACCGUUUCGGAUUGGCAACACAGAAAAAUGUGUUUAUUUAUUUAUUAUUCUUCAUGUUUUCUCA